AUGUCUACUGAACAAGAAAGAGCUGAACUGGAUGCCAGGGCAAGGCAAGGGGAGACGGUUGUUCCGGAUGGCACGGGAGGUAAAAGCCUGAAGGCUCAAGAGCACCUUGCUAAAGGGAGGAGCCGAGGGGGACAGACGAGGAGGGAUUGGGAACAGCUGUGAACUGAAGAAUACCAAGAGAUGGGGCGUAAGGGUGUUAAGCCUGGCGGAGAGCAUGCUGCCGAGGAAGGAAUCCCUGUCGAGGAGUCCAAGUUUACUUUACGACCAGAAGUUGAAAAAGAUAACAAGUGA